AUGGAUAUCCGGGAAUGGAUGGCUGUCAACUAUUUGAAGUUGAACGACAGCAAGACUGAGUUCCUUGCCAUAGGCUCACGGCAACAGCUGCAGAAGAUGCCACCUGGAAUCACGCUCAAGAUAGGAACUGAGGAUGUGAAGACCUCAAACUCAGCCAGAAAUCUGGGAAUCAUCUUCCAGUCCAACAUGUCCCUAGAUGAAUAUGUCAAGUCCCUCUGCAAGUCAUGUUUCUUUCACAUCUACAACAUCGGCAAGAUCCGCAACUUCCUAGACACCGAGACAACAAAGCUCCUAAUGCAAACACUUACAAUGUUAAAAAAUAAGGAAUCGUCCGGAUUUGUUGAUGACUGGCAGUCAGGGAAGACUGUCACUGAGUGUAAUCUGCGCAUGCUCGACACAGAGGACUUCAGUGACGUCACCUUCCGGGUGGGUUCAGAGCAGCAGGCGGUCCAAGCUCACCGCUAUGUUCUCGUCAGUCGUAGCUGUGUUUUCCAUGCCAUGUUCUGUGGUAAGCUGGCCGAAAAAGAGGAGGUGUCCAUUCCUGACAUAGAGCCGAACAUAUUUAAAGAGUUCUUAAGGUUUGUAUACACAGACAAGGCAGAUGUCAGCGCCGGAACAGUCACGGGAUUGAUGUACACCUCCAGGAAAUAUUCUGUGGACGCAUUAUUCUAUGAGUGUGUUAUGUUCCUGGAGACAUGUCUGUCAGAGAGCAAUGUCUGUCAGAUCCUUGAAGACUGCCAUCGUUACGGGGAGCUUGACCUGGAACAGAAGGCCCUGAUGAUCCUGACUAAAGGAGGUGAGGGAGUCGUCAGGUCUCCAGGAUUUGCUCAACUUUGCAGUUCUUGUUUGGAGAAGUUCCUUAAGUCGGAGAAUCUGAAAUCAAAAGAGGAAGACAUUUUUGAGGCGAUUGUCUCAUGGACAAAACACAGAUGUCUACAGGAAGGUGUGAGCGACACGCCUGAGAACCGACGGAGACUUCUGGGUGACCUUCGGUAUGAGAUUCGAUUUAGCAGCAUGCCCCUGGACUAUCUGCUGACUGUUGUAGGUCCAUCGGAAGUGCUGACUGACAGGGAAAGAUUUCGAGUGAUCGACAGAAGGGUCAACUCCCAUGUUGACAUCUCUCCUUUCAAAGAUAUACAGAGGAGGGAAUCUAACCACUGUACAGAGGAACCUGUAUCGUACAGGUAUGUGUACAGAUGUAGAGAUUAUGGUCUCACGGCUCUCCACAGCGGAACACAUGCCAUAUCCUUUUCUGCAAAUCAGGAUAUUCACUUGAAAGGAUGUCAGCUAUAUGGCGCAUGCUUUGAUGAAACGUACACACUGACUAUAAAGGUGUUUGACAGCAGCCAUUUGAAGAUUGCUGAACCGUUACAGCAAGUAAAGACAGUGCUUGAAGGCGAGAAUCAGCCAAAUGAUAUCCCGUUCCCUUCGUCCCUGUUACUCAUCUCGGGUGCAACAUAUACUCUGUGCGUGGACAUGGAUGGGCCCGACACAUACAUUGGAUGGGAGGGUCGCGAUAAAGUAAUAGCUGAUGGAAUAGAAUUCACCUUCAACACCUCCUCCAUGGCAACGUCAGGAACAACGGAGAAGAUGUUGAAGUGCAACAAGCUGGUGAAAGGACACAGCCAGAUAUUACCAGCAAGGAAGAUAGAGCUUGGUACUGUAGUGUGGAAACAACAGUAG